AAGCAAAAACCGAACACACAGAGAGAGAGAGAGAGAGAGAGAGAGAGUGUUGUUGUAUGUGUUUUCCAUCUAAAGAAUCAAAGAAUCUUUUUGCAAGAAGAAAGACAAAGCACAAGGAAGACAAAGAAAGAUAGUGUUUUUGGGUUCUUCCCCUCAUUCUUUUUCUUCUUUCUUUCUUCCUUCCUUCCAUCAGUAAUUUGACAGGUUUGAAGGGUGAGCAUGAUUCAUGUUACAUUUCAUUUUGCUGAUCCUAGACAUUGAUUUAUCUCGACUCAUGUAGCGUAAAAGACUAUCUUUUGGGUAGUGGUUUUGAGAGAAAAUUGGACAUGAAUUUGUUGGUGGGGACAUGCUCGAGCCAAGGGAAGCUGAUGUACCUGUUCUGUUUCUGGUCCUGGUUGUGCUUCCUGUGGUUGUUUAUUUCUUACUUGGCAAAUGGAGUGAAACUGCAAAGAAGAGGGAGAGGAUAAGUUUGCUUGCUCAACUGGCUGCUGAAGAAGCUUUUAAAGCAGAAACAAUGGCUACUGCCAGUGUUAUCCCUCUUGUUGCUACAUCAAAAAAUGUGCUUCAUGUCUGUGCAAGAUGCUCUGCUCCUUCUACAACCCGCUGUUCCAGAUGCAAGUCUGUCAGAUAUUGUUCUGGAAAGUGUCAGAUAAUUCACUGGAGACAAGGUCAUAAGCAAGAAUGCCAGCAAUUAGAGAAAACUAGCUCAUGCUCGUCUCCUCUGGCUGAAUCAAUUCAAGAUUCAGUUCUGCUUAAUGAAAGCUUGAACUCUCAGUUAUCUGGGUAUUAUAGUAAGACUGGGAUGGAGAGAGCACCAUUUGAUGACAUGGUUCACCCAUCAAUCGGCAGAGGUGCCUUUGCUGCCAUGCAUUGCUCUGCAGUUGAUUCUUCUCAUAUCUCUAUGCUGGAGAGAACUGCUGACAAGCGGGCUUGCCGUAAAUCCAACAGAGAAUCAUUAAGAAGAGAGGAUGCAACUGUAUUUGAUUCUGACGAAGAAUCCCCAGGGAGUUGCACUACAAAUCCAAAUUCCGUUAUAGAUGUUCCACCAAAAGAGGCUCCAAUGAGGCAUAAGUCAAGAACUAGUGACUUUGUUGUAUCAGCUGAAGAAACUCGGAAACGACACAAUGUCAAUGGCUCUAAUGUCCAUACUCAUGGACCUGCAAGAAGUACAGGGCAUGAAAAUCAUUAUUAUCAGAGCCAAAAUGGAAACAUAUCUGAACCAAGAAGCAGCUCUGGAUUUCCAGUCGCACCAUAUUCUGCAAAAUAUGGGACAAAUGCACAUGAAAAUGAGACUGACAUUGUUCCUAAAGGAAAUGAUGAAAUGGUGGACUGUUAUUCUGACAUGACAGCACUCAAUGGAAUUUUAAAAGUUAAAAAUGCAUUGAAUCUGAGAGGGACCAAAAUUUGUAAAUCGGCAAAAUCAUCCACGAAACUAGUUGGUGAACAGCCAUGCAUGACUGUAGUUGGUGAACAAUUAUGCUUGGAAAAAGAGAGGAAAGGACUGAUUGACGAUGAAUCGAAAGUUCCAAGAGUGAGAGAAAACAUCACAGCACAGAGAAGCAGUGGGGUCUCCAAGAUGGGAAUUAUGAAGAUGAUGGGUUUAAAGAAGUCAUCCAAACUCAGGCAGGAUGCCCCAGAACUUUGGCUUGGAAAAAAGACAAUGAAGAUGCUGUUUCCUUAUGAAGAAUUUGUGAAGUUUUUCCAAUGUGAAGUUUUUGAUUUAUCACCCAGGGGCCUUGUAAACUGCGGAAAUAGUUGCUAUGCUAAUGCUGUGUUGCAGUGUUUGACCUGCACAAAGCCUCUCGUCAUCUACUUGCUCCAUAGAUCACAUUCCAGAGCCUGUUGUGGGAAAGAUUGGUGUCUAAUGUGUGAACUUGAGCAACAUGUAAUGAUGUUAAGAGAAAGUGGUGGCCCACUGUCUCCUGGCAGAAUCCUGUUGCAUAUGCGAAGUAUUAAUUGUCAGAUUGGGGAUGGAAGCCAGGAAGAUGCACAUGAAUUUUUAAGGUUUCUGGUUGCUUCAAUGCAAUCCAUAUGCUUGGAGGGACUUGGCGGUGAGAGCAGGGUUGAUCCUAGACUGCAAGAAACUACUUUUAUCCAACAUACUUUUGGCGGGCGCCUUAUGUCAAAGGUCAAGUGUCUUAGAUGUCAUCAUGAGUCAGAACGAUAUGAAAAUAUUAUGGAUCUUACAUUAGAGAUAUUUGGCUGGGUUGAGUCACUGGAAGAUGCAUUGACUCAAUUUACAACUGCUGAGGAUUUAGAUGGUGAAAACAUGUACAGAUGUGGAAGGUGUGCUUCGUAUGUCCGAGCCAGGAAGCAGUUGAGUAUACACGAGGCGCCGAACAUCCUGACAAUUGUCUUGAAGAGAUUCCAGGAAGGAAGAUAUGGGAAAAUAAAUAAAUGUAUCACUUUCCCUGAAAUGCUGGACAUGAUUCCGUUUAUGACUGGAACGGGUGACAUGCCUCCACUUUACAUGCUUUAUGGCGUUGUUGUACAUUUGGAUACACAGAAUGCAUCAUUUUCAGGGCAUUAUGUGUCGUAUAUAAAAGAUUUGCAAGGCAGUUGGUUCAGGGUAGAUGACACUGAGGUUCAUCCCGUGCCAAUGAGCCAGGUGAUGUCAGAAGGGGCAUAUAUCCUAUUUUACAUGAGGUCCUGCCCCCGACCACUCCCAAGAGCAUCUUUGGGGAAAGCUAUGCGACAGCCAGUUCAAGCUUCUGCAAGGCAUUUUACACCUAAAACUCAGAAGUCUUCAAGACAAGGACAAAACAAAGCAAGUAGCCAUGUUGUUGGGCCAGAGUUUUCAUCUGAUGUCAGACCAGAAAUUGUUUCUGGCUUUACUGAGUACAAUUCUAAUGGUAUUCUUAGGAGGGCUUCAAACAAAAGUACACUGCCGGUGAUGGAAAGAUAUACUGAGUCAAUGAGCAUGGAGUUCUCUGAUGCAACUUCAAGUGACUGGUCCCUUUUCACGAGCUCAGAUGAGGCUUCGUUCACAACUGAGAGUGCUAGAGACUCUUUCAGCACCGUGGAUUAUUCUGAUACAAAUGGAGAUCCAGCCUCGAUCUUCAAGACUGGGUAUGCUGAAUCUGCCAGUCGCAACACAGUUUGCUGUAGGACUUUUUCAAAUAGUAAGCCACAGACUAGGUUCAGUUUAGAGAAGAAGGGCUAUGUUUUGGACUCUUAUCUGUCAACUCAAUCUCCACACAAAUUACAUAGAGACGAGGAUUUCAGGCAGGUUGAUAAUUCUUCAGCUGAAUCCUCAUCUGAUAGUAACUGCGAUGUGUUUGUAAAUUAUCGGACUUCUAGAUUCUAGUCAUUGUAAUCUCUAGUUCAUGGGGAUUAUUUAAGUAGAUGUCUUAGCCAGGUAGAAGAAGUGCCUCAAAAUUUUUGUUUCCAAUAGUUUGUUGAUUGAGGCAUGUGGAUCGUCAAUAUUAAAACACCCAAGAAAAGGAAUAUUCUUGUUAUCCCUUAAAUUAUUGUUGAAAAUUGUAAAGUGCCAUUUCCCCCAAGCUCAUAUUUUUCCUUGGUGA